AUGGCUUCUUCAUCAUCAUCAUCAUCACCAUCGCAUUCUCAUUUGAGGUAUGCUGUGUUCUUGAACUUUAAUGGAGAGACACGAAGAUCAUUUACCGAUCAUCUCUACCCAAACUUGUGUGAAGCUGGAGUUAGAACCUUUCGAGAUGAUGAAGAGAUCCAGAGAGGCAAUAACAUUUCCGAUGAGUUGUUGCAGGCCAUUGAGGGAUCUAAGAUAUCCAUUGUUGUAUUCUCCAAAAAUUAUGCCAAUUCCAAAUGGUGUCUUAACGAGCUGGUGAAAAUUGUGGAAUGUAAAAAGAAAUUGGGACAAAAGAUUCUUCCCAUAUUCUAUCAUGUUACUCCUUCAGAGGUACGCAAUCAGACAGACGAGUUUGGCGAGGCACUGGACCAACACAAAGAGAGAUAUGGAGAACUAAAAGUUAAUGAGUGGAAAACUGCACUCACUACAGUUGCUAAUUUGUCAGGAUACGAUUCAGAAAUCAUGACAAACAGGUAA